UUACAAAACAAUAACACACUCUGAAAAGUAAGCACACAGCACACACACACCAACUACUACAAAACGCACAAUCCGCGCUGUAUCGCGGUAACCAAAGCAAAAAAAAUAUAAAAAAAAUAACAAAAACGUACACUUGAGCUUUUACUUUCGGCAAAGGGAUCCAAGAUGCCCCGCGUGAAGCCCACAAAGAAACUCGAUGUCCUGGGAAAUCUGGACCUGCGGCCGGAGGAUGCCGUGGGGGACUAUAUCAGCUCUAAACAGCAGAACAAAUUCUUCGUAAUUCCACCCAACUCGGACUCCGCCGGCGACUCCAUCGAACUGAUAUAUGUGAACAAUCUCCGCGAGCACGAAGCCAUGCUCAAGCUGCAGGAGGAGAUGCUGACCAGUGCCAAGCGGCAGACCAAGCUGAACUCCGCCCGGGUGAGGAACAUGUACAAGAUCCAGGAGCGGCUGAGGCGACGCUUCAUCGAGGUGAACAGCUUCAUCAAGGACUGUGCGGACAAGAAGAGAGUGGCCGAGAAGACCGCCCAAGCGGAGACGCUCAACCACAAGGAGCUCGGCGAGGGCAUUGAGAGCUUCAAGGACUCGAUCGGCGAACUCAAGGCCUUUCGGGAGGCUCUCAAGGCCACCGUGCAGGAGUUCCAGCCCUACGAGAAGGUGCUCGACGAGGUGGUGAAGGUAUCCGACAUAUUCGUGUCGCCAAAGGACUGCACCGAUCGCUGUGAUGCGCUGAUGCUGGCUCAAGUGGAGAUCAACAAGUUGGAGCAUCAAAAGCUCCAGGACAUCGAGAGCAUGCGGCAGCGUAUGGUGCAGAUCACAAAUGAUGCGGCUCUAACUGUGCUGGGUCUAAAGAACGAUCUGGCCAAACUGGAACGAUCCUACAACGAGUCCAGGGUCCAGUGCCUCAGGUGGGAGAAGAUCCUGGCCAAGACCAAGGACGCCAUCAACAACUGCUACAUGGACAAGGAGCGCACAAUAGAUGCGAUUACCAACCUUCACCGAAUCCUUCUACGGCGAAGAGAUGUACAUUCCUUCCCUGCUCGCGGCGACUUGGACAAGGUGUUGGAUUCCAUCAUGGGCGAAGUGGAAAUAUUAACUGGCGUUGUAAAGGAAAUCGAAUCAUCUGAUCCCUCCAUAAAGCACGAGGAAGCCAGAGAUAAAUCGCUGUGCUAAUUGGACAUGAAAAUUUAAAGUCUUUAUAAGGAAGACUAGGCACACCUCACAACUAUUACAACUAUAAAAGCUUAUUAAAAGCAA